UCUUCCUUUGCCUAUGAUACUUCGUGCUUUGGUUUGUUACCAGAUCAUGAUCUCCCCCCCCCCCCCAACCAAUCUGGAAUAUAAUUCAAUUGCGUGUUUAUCUUAAAAAGCUGAAAACGAUGGUAGGAAUUGGUUUUCUCUUCCAUGUCUGGAUCCAGAUCCUCGUCUGGAUCGUAACGUAGCUGUUUUUUUAUUUUUUUUAUGGGUAACUUCAAAGUUUUUUCUCUUAUUUUUAGUAAAAAAAAAAGAGAUUCGUAUUUGGACUUAUAAUGUAAAUCGACAAUAAGAAGCUCGUGCAACUGUUUUAGAAGCUGUAUUGAGAACAUAUUUUUCACGUUUAGUAUGAUAAUGAUAAUCAUCUGUGUUUGUCUUUUUGACUUUUGUCUUGAAUAACCUAAAGUUGUGUUGUUGUUUUUUUUGGUAUAACGUUUUCAGAUACUUGUCAGAUGUUUUUUGGGAAGCGAUUUCUUCAGGGAAUGUUCUAUCUCUGUAUCAAGGCCUUGGGACUAAGAAUUUGCAGUCCUUUGUUUCCUCAUUCAUCUACUUUUAUAGUUAUAGCUAUUUCAAGAGGUUACAUAGUGAAAGGGUAGGUUCUAAGUCAAUUGGCACUACGGCUAACCUGCUUAUUGCUGCUGCUGCUGGAGCUUGUACCUCUGUACUCACCCAACCUCUAGAUACAGCUUCAUCAAGGAUGCAAACAAGCGAGUUUGGAAAAGCUAAAGGACUGUGGAAGACCUUAACCGAGGGUGAUUGGGGAAAUGCAUUUGAUGGCCUUGGGAUCUCUCUUUUACUCACCUCCAAUCCUGCAAUUCAGUAUACAGUGUUUGAUCAGCUGAAACAGAACCUCCUUGAAAAAAGAAAGGCAAAAGCCAACAAAGAAUCUUCCCCUGUAGUCCUCUCUGCUUUUAUGGCCUUCUUAUUGGGUGCCGUGUCCAAAAGUGCUGCUACAGUCAUCACAUAUCCAGCAAUUAGGUGCAAGGUGAUGAUUCAAGCAGCAGAUGAGUCGAAGAAUAAUGAAGCAAAGAAGUUCCCAAAAAGAACCAGUAAAACGAUACCGGGUGUCAUCUCUGCCAUAUGGAAAAAGGAAGGGGUCUUAGGGUUCUUCAAAGGCUUGCAGGCUCAGAUCCUGAAGACAGUUCUGAGCUCGGCGUUGCUGCUAAUGAUCAAGGAGAAAAUCACUGCAACCACAUGGUUUCUCAUUCUUGCAAUAAGAAAAUCUCUGUUUGUCACUAAAGGUAGGUUGAAAAAUCCAUAAAGGCCAAGCAAGAGCAAAAGACUGGUGUGUUGGCAAGUCUGUUAUUGAAAGAAUUUCAAGCAGGCAAGUAUUGUAGACUUUUCUCAUUGAAAAACUAUUGAUUUUUUUAAAAGCAAGGAUCUGAUUUGUAGGGUUGCAUAAGGCUUCUGUUGUUGCCAGAUUGAGUUUCUGGGCGUAGAGAACUUUAUGGUUAUGUGUAGUUAUGUUUGUUAUCUUCUGUUGUAAUAAAAGCAAGGACCUCUGUGUAGGAUCAUGUGACUGAGAUUAAAGAAAAGAUGUCCAAUGAGACUACAAUCUCAGGGUCAUUUUGUGGAAAAAAUUAUACUCUUUUGUCUGCGUCUGAACGUUUGAAACAAUCACUAAUUCACGUCUGUUCCUCAAUUUCUGAUCAAUAUCAUGAUGUAAUAUUAGUUUCAUCAGCUAACAUUCAAGAACAAGAAGCAGAAUAUCGUUCACUGAAUUCAUGAUGAAAUCUUUAGAUGGGUGAUUGCGGGUUUAGCUGGAUUCAUGAUGUCUGCUACCUUUGAACCUCAAAGCACUUAUUAACUCAGCAGGACAGAGACACUGUGGUCAGCAUUUUCCUUCAACAGCUCGCUCUUGCAGUGGUGCUAAAGCUAUGUCUGUCCACUGAUGAAAGGAUAUGUGCCUUCCCACGCUAUGCAGUGGUGCUAAAGCU